UGUAGGUUGUAGCUUGACCAGAUGAGCAGUUGUGCGCGACUUUAGUAAAAUGCUUAAAAUUAGAAGUAGUUCAAGUGCUUUAGAUUGCAUCAAAUGAAUAUGUUAAAUACGAAUCACAACAUAUUAUUUAAAGCGACAGUUCUUGCAUUAUGCGUCAUUUCUUUCGUGCACAUUUUUCUAUUUCCUUUAUACGACUUGAACGCCGGCCGAAAUCCCACCAAAACCUUCAUGGAUUUCGAGCAAUCUCUUUGCACCACCAACAUCAAACACAGGAAAUCGUGGAAAAGGGCCAAUUGUCCCCAAUACGGCAUCGUCACAAUCAUGCAAGGCGGCCGAUUGGGCAACCAAAUGUGGGAGUACGCCUCUGUGUGGGCCCUUGCACGACGCACGGGGCUCGAGCCCUACGUCCCCAGGUGCAUCCGCCUCAAACUCGACCAAGUUUUCGACUCCCUCACUGUGCCCACCUUCGAGGAGAUUUCGCACUGUCCCGUGGAGCUCUCCCGCUUCGUGAAGUCCCUAGACUCGUGGAACUACACCAACCAGAGCAUAAUUUUGCCUCGUUACUCGAUUCAACCAGAACUUGUAAUAACAUGGGUCCAAGACAUCGUUCAAGAAUUUUCUAUAAAAAAAAAGCUACUAGUUAAGAGCCAACAAAUCCUCCAUUUAGCAUCGAAAAACCGCACCAAUCGGGUGUUUGUCGGCGUCCAUGUUCGACGCACGGAUUACAUAGGAUAUUUAAUGCGCAAACAUGCUGCAAGUCCGGCGAAUGCGACCUUUUUCAGGUCGGCGAUGCGCUAUUUCGAGCUGAAAUACGCCGAUGUUGUCUUUGUAUUCGUCAGCGAUGAUCCUUUGUGGUGCAAGAGGAAGUUCUCGAAGAAGAAGAACGUCUACAUCACCAGUAAGAACCAUCGGAAUUCUCCUGCCUUAGAUCUAGCAAUAUUGGCCUCGUGUAAUCACUCCAUUUUCGAUUAUGGGACUUUUGGCGAAUGGGGGGCUAUUUUAGCCGGCGGGGAGACCAUCUACUUCAACCUCACCCAUCAUUCGUCGGAAAAACUGGGACAUCUUUUGCACAACUGGCAUACUAUUUAAUUUUUUUUUUUUCACUUGGCCUAAAACAUUUGAAGGGGUGAGUGGAUUUUUUCGAAGAAGCGCAAUUAUUUCAUUAUUUCAUGAAAUUUUGUCAAAAGUAACCCAAAAAUCACACAAUUUAGUGUUAUUUUUGCUUUUUUGAAAAAAAAGUUACUAAAU